GCCGCACGACGUUGUUUUCCCAUGAUUGUGUGGUUAGACGCAUACUAUUUUGAUCCCCCGCUCCCACGCCCGUCCGACCCUCUUAUCUUCGGCCCCUGGCAUUUGCUGCAUCGCCUGCAAAAAGGAGACUGCGCUGCAGAACCGUCGCCAUGAAGCGGGGAGUCACCAUUUUCAUUCUCGUCACUGUCGUUGUCCUCGGCUUCGCAGUGCACAGCGUCUGGACUCUACUGGGCCUUCUCGUCGCCACCGGUCGCGAAGAUGCCAUCCUCCGCGGCGAGCUCCCUGCGCCAAACUCGGGCACCGUCAACGACCGGCCACAGCUGAUCCCCAAGAUCAUCCACCAAACGUACAAGAAUGACAGCAUCCCCGAGCACUGGAAGGGCCCACAGCAAAGUUGCUUAGAUUUGCACCCCGACUACGAGUACAAGCUCUGGACCGAUAAGAAGUCACGCGAGUUCAUUGCCGCAGAAUAUCCGUGGUUUCUCGAGACGUUUGACGGCUACCCAUACCCCAUCCAGCGCGCCGAUGCGAUUCGAUACUUUGUCCUGCACCACUUUGGCGGCAUCUACAUUGAUUUGGACGACGGAUGCAACCGCAGUCUUGACCCGCUCCUGGCCUAUCCCGCCUGGGUGCGCCGCACACUGCCCACCGGUAUCUCCAACGAUGUCAUGGGCUCAAUUCCCCGCCAUCCAUUCUUCCUGAAGGCAAUCGACUCGCUCACAGACUACAACCGCCGAUGGCCUCUCCCAUACAUCACAGUCAUGGCAUCCACCGGACCGCUUUACCUCAGCAUUGUCUGGCGCCACUUCAACAAUGCGAACCCCGAGGGCGACAAUCGCGUACGCAUCCUUUUCCCCGACGAGUACAACAACCACUCCUGGAGUUUCUUCACCCAUCACGUCGGAAACAGCUGGCACAGGACAGACGUCAAGGUCAUCUUCUGGCUUGCGCGCCAUUGGGUCUUCGUCACCAUUCUUGGCUUUGCGCUCGGAUUCACUCUGCUCGGAUUCCUGUAUAAGAUAUUCGUCCUCAACAAGCUACCGAGCUCCCCGAGAAUGUCGCCGAAAGCGCGCGCCUUGGAUCGAUUUGCGUAUACUAGAAUACCUUUCUACCGCCGAAUAAGUUCAAAAGAUUUUGAGCUCGAGGACAGACACGAGGUCUAGUCCUGUUUUCAAAUUUCUUUAAUCGCACUGCUGCUCGCCAACUUGCAUAUACCGGCGUUCACAUUCUUUUUACGGCCACCUUUUCGAUUCGGAUCUAUACUGUUGAACGGACAUGUUGUCCCUAUUUUUGUUUUAAUUGAGCCUGGAACGUCUCGAUGCACACCGCUGGCGUUGGCACAUGGAGAGCAUCCAGCAAUUCAUUUUUAUAGACGAAUGGGAAGAGGCAAGAAGCACAUCAUGAAGAGGAAGAGACGAACAGUGCAAGGACAUAGAGUUCGGCUACAACCUCUUCCGUAAUUAAAUUAAUCAACGAAAGCAUGCAGCGCUUACGUUGUCAAUGAGAGAAAUCAUAUCAAAUCAAUCAUAACCCAAUUUUGUUCUC